AUGAGAAUCGGGAUAGUUUUUCUGGUGACGGUGGUGGCGACCACCGUGCGUCAUGUGGCGGAGGCGAUCGAGAUUCAUGUCGGAGGUGACGGUGGUUGGCUACGUCCUUCUAGCCCGGACUUCUAUUCCUUGUGGGCUGCGGGUCUAAAUUUUACCGUCGGAGAUGUCCUAGUAUUCAGCUUUCAGACGGGAGCUCACAAUGUAGCCGGAGUGACAAAAGACGGUUACGACAACUGCAAUACCAGCAAUCCUAAAUUCUUAAACACUACGUCUCCUUUUUCCUUCACUCUCGAAACACUCGACGAUUUCUAUUUCAUCUGCACCGUCCCCGGCCACUGCUCCGCCGGCCAGAAAUUGGCCAUCACCAACGUCCAACAAUCGCCGCCACCUGGCUCGUCCCCCCCUGAUUCUCCACCCGUUUCGGGUGAAAUGCCACCGCCGGUUGUUACUGCUCCGCCGCCGCCAAACUCGGUCACCAGAACUAUGGCCUCCAUAUUCACUGUUGCCUUGGUCUCCAUUGCUGUCACGUUAAUAAUAUAUUAA